GCGGUUGCUCCAGUGAGGCGGCAGCGGCGGCUCUGACUGUGAAGCAGACAAAGGCAGAGAGACCGCGUGCACCAUCCUGCACCACACACGCGCAUCAGCCCGCAAGCAGCCACGCAGUCUCUGGAACAGGUCACUGCCACCAUCUGUUAUCGUCAUUAAGUGUGUCACCAUGGAGCUAGACUUUGGACAUUUUGACGAGCGAGACAAGGCUUCACGUACUCCAAGGGGCGGACGCAUGAAUGGACUUCCCAGCCCUACCCACAGCGCCCACUGCAGCUUCUACCGUACACGCACUCUGCAGGCCCUCACCAGUGAGAAGAAAGCCAAAAAAGUGCGUUUCUACCGCAAUGGAGACCGAUACUUUAAGGGCAUCGUGUACGCUGUGGCCACUGACCGAUUUCGCACUUUUGACUCCCUCCUGGCUGAUCUCACUCGCUCCCUCUCGGACCACAUCAACUUGCCGCAGGGUGUCCGCUUCAUCUUCACUGUUGAUGGUUCACACAAGAUCACGUCAUUGGAUGAGCUAGAGGAAGGGGAAAGCUAUGUUUGUGCAUCAGAGAACUUCUACAAGAAAGUUGACUACACAAAGAACGUCAAUCCCAACUGGUCCGUGAAUGUAAAGGCUUCAGCUAACCAGAAGAACAUGCAGUCCCUGGCUGCCAAAGCCGCCAGUGAGCCCAGAGAGACCAAGGACUUUGUCCGACCCAAGCUGGUCACUGUGAUGCGCAGCGGUGUGAAGCCGCGCAAAGCUGUGCGUGUGCUGCUCAACAAGAAAACUGCACACUCGUUUGAGCAGGUGCUCACUGACAUCACAGAGGCCAUCAAACUUGAAAGUGGAGUGGUCAAGAGGAUCUACACACUUGAUGGAAAGCAGGUUACUUGCCUUCAAGAUUUCUUUGGCGAUGAUGAUGUCUUCAUUGCAUGUGGGCCAGAGAAAUUUCGCUACGCUCAGGACGACUUCUCUCUGGAUGAGAAUGAAUGCAGGGUGAUGAAGGGACCAAAAGCUCAGCGGACUCCAGGGAAAAGUCCUGGUUCAAUCAAGCGCAGCAAGUCUCCAGCGGAAUCAACUAAUGGGACGGGCUCCAGCAGCCAGAUCUCUACCCCGAUUUCCAAGCAUUCCCCCACCUCCACCCCCACCAGCCCGGGCCUAAACAGCAAGCAGAAGGAUCUCUACCUGCCCUUAUCUCUGGAUGAUGAAGACUCCCUCGGUGAAUCAAUGUAGACACUCCUACUGCAGCCUCCUUUUGGCCUGAAACACAGAAGUUUUUAUACCUCUGCUGCUUUCCACCUUCAUUCACAGUGCCACCUAUUGUCUAGAAACACCACUCCUCUCUCCAAGGCCUUAGCCACCAGGGCUAUGAGAACAUUUGCUGCUUAGGAAUUGAACACUCCCCCCUCACACCUUUCUUUCAUACCCUUGUCAACCUUGCACAUGUCACAUUAGCAUAUAGUUUUGUUUUUGGCCACAGUUUGUCAAAAAUUCAGAGUUCACCGACUAGCAUUUUUCACACAAGUUAAAUUGUCUUGUUAUAGGACCACCCAC